UCGCUCAGCCUCAUUUUGGACGUGCCCACAGCUCACCACUUCCUCCCUUGCUCUCCCUUCUCCACCCUCCUCUUUCCCUCCCCUACCCUCCUCUCUCUCCCCAACCCUCCUGUUUCUCCCCCCCACCCUGUUCCCCCUCCCCCACCCUCCUUUUUCCCUCCCUCACCCUCCUCUUUCCCCCUCUUCCCCUCUCCCUGCAGGUGUCCGACCUGCGCAAGCACGGCAUAACUCUCCAUCUGAUGGUCGAUGCAGACCGCCAGCCCAUCCCGGACGUCCCCGCAGUCUACUUCCUGCAGCCCACGGCGGGCAACAUGCAGCGCCUCGUGCUGGACGCCACGCGCGGCACGUACGACAAGAUGCAUCUCAACUUCACCUCCUCCGUGCCUCGCCUUCUCUUAGAAGACCUCGCAGCGGGUACCCUCAAGGCGAAUGCCCUACACCGCGUGGCAAGGGUGUUUGAUCAGUAUUUGGAGUUUGUUUGCCUUGAUCACGGGUUGUUUUCGCUCGGGCAGCCCGAGAGCUACGUGCGGCUGAACGACCCAAUGGCGAAGGACAAGGACGUGGAGGGGGCAGUGGAGAGUAUCGUGAACGGGCUGUUCUGCGUGCUGGUGACGCUGGGAGUGGUGCCCGUGAUCCGCUGCCCGGAGAGAGGGCCAGCAGAGAUGGUGGCCAGGCAGCUGGAUGCGAAGCUAAGGGCGCACCUCGCCACACACAACAACCUUUUCAAGGAGGCAGCGGCAGGGGCGCUGGCAGCAGGAGCGGCGGCUGUGGCGUCUGGGGGAGGGGGCGCAGGAGCGGGGGCUGGGGGAGGGGGUGCGCUGGGGCUGUUUCAGCGGCCAUUGCUGUUCAUAGCGGAUCGGAAUUUUGAGCUGGCGGUGGGGGUGCAGCACGAGUGGACGUACCGUCCGUUGGUGCAUGAUCUGUUGGGGAUGAGGCUCAAUAGAGUGAGCAUUCACAAGGGAGGGGCGGCAGGGGGAGCCGGGGCAGGGAGCGGGCCGCUGUCGCCGGUGCUGAAGGGAGCUGGAGGGGGUGGUGGAGCCAAGGCGACCAGUUAUGAGCUCGAUGAUUCGGAUAGCUUCUGGGUGGCUCAUUCGGAGUCCCCGUUUCCCAAGGCAGCCGAAGCGGUGGACAUGCUGCUGAAGAAGUGGACGCAGGACAAGGAGCAGGUGAACGCAGCCUCGCCCACGGGGGACGCGUUCUCAGAAGCCGAGGACGAGGACGUGAUGGGGCGCACGAAGCAGCUGUCGGCCGCCAUGAGCGCGGUGCCGCAGCUGAUGGAGCGCAAGCGAGUCAUCGACAAGCACGUCACCAUCGGCGGCACGCUCCUCGAGGAGAUCAAAUCGCGCGCGCUCGACGCCUACUUUUCCAUGGAGGAGGAUCUGCUCACGCGGGGCAGCACGGACCGGGCGGCGAUGCUCGACUUACUCAGGAAGAGGGGGUCCAAGGAGGAUAAGCUACGGCUGGCGAUAAUCUACCUGAUGGCGACGGACAAUGCGAGUGCGGGGGAUGUGGAGGCGGUGGAAGCAGCGCUGAGGGAGCAGCAAGUGGAUCUGGCCGCUCUGCAUUACAUCAAGCAGGUGAAGCGCGUCAACUCCAGCUUUGCUGCCGUGGCUGCUGCGGGGGGUGGGGUCGGAGGAGUGGGCGGCGUGGGCGGCAGCAAGGAUGAUCUGCUGGAUUGGGCCGGGCGGCUUGCUGGGCAGGGUUUGUCCCGUGUGACUGCUGGUGUGAAGAAUCUUUUGGCUGGGGGCAGGCAGCUGCAGCUGACCCGGGCAGUUGAAGCUCUCAUGGAGGGCCGGCCCGGGCAGGAUACGGAUUCUUUUCUCUGCCUUGACCCCAAGGCCCCCAAGGGGGGAAUCAGCAGCACAGCAGCAGGGGGCAGCAGGGGGGCAGUCCGGGACGCAAUUGUCUUCGUGAUUGGAGGGGGAAACUAUAUGGAGUAUGGGGGUCUGCAAGAGAUGGCAAGGAAGGCAGGAGCGGGGAGCGGGGCGGCAGGAGUGCGCACGGUGGUGUAUGGGACGACUGAGAUGCUGGCGGGGAGUCAGUUUGUGGAGCAGCUGUCGGAGCUGGGGAGGAAGAUGGGGUACAAGGCCCCUCCCCUCCCUGCGGAGUCUGCGGGGGGCGCAGCGGGUGGCGGGGGGGGUGCUGGAGGCCAUAGGUAG